AUGACUAAUAGAUCGAAUCUUUCCAUCAAGGUCGCCAACCCAAUGAGCAUCGUCGCGGACGGUCCAUUUACCCCCGUGGACCAGACGCUCCAUACCCCCAUCGACGUUCCUAAACUUAACUCCUACUUUCCUGUCUCUUCUUCGAACAACACCUCCAACGGCAAUACCGCCUCGUUCUACUCCAACGCUGCCUACAGUGAAAGCGAAGACAUUUUGACCGAUGUGGACGAAUCCUUCGGACCAAAUGUGUCUAGAACGUAUUCGCUCACGUUUACGCCCCACUUUGAUGAUAUGUUGAUGAAGGUCUACACCAAAAUCAUUCUGCUGCCGACUCUCACGCCGUUCCUGGGUAAUAUUCCUCCUCUGGGUAUUGUUUCACGUGUUGCAAGCGAUACGUUGGCCCUCUUGUCAAAGACAAUUUCCUCCGCCGAGUACGACUCCGCGGCCCAGCCUACCUACGACGCACAAGAAAUCAUCAACAAGGAGAGAUUGCGCAACCCGGCGUUCAAGCACAUUCUCCUGCUGCUCAUAAGACGCAGGUUGAUCGAUUUGUGCUCUGCUCUGUUCAACGUUUACUGCCCUAAUUAUACCCCUCAACUCAUGGAACCUACCUCGACCCUGAUCCUAAUGUCUGCUCUGGCCAGCAACGGAUCUUCUGGCAAUGGCUUUGGUAGCUCUGUGUACGGCAGCAUGGGCUGGAACCCGCUGUCUAUGUCAAGCUUGCUGUUGAACGAGCAAGCCGCGCCAAGACUGCGCUCAUCUUCUUUGAACUUGCGUAAGCAAUCCCUUUCACGUGUGAACUCGUGUUCUACUUCCAGUUGGCUCCAUAUCGGUAGUAUCACCAGUGCUCGCAGUGGCCAUGGUCCAACAUUCAACAUGAACCCUGAUUAUAAUGGAUCCACUGACUCGAUUCAGCUGACUCAUGAUUACGUUCCGGCCUCUGUCAUACCUCGUAAUUCCACCACUAAUUCCUCAGCUGGCUCUAACUCGUCAUCCACUACUUUUGGUCAUGGGCUUGCGUCUCUGGGUGAUGUUCAAACUCCUCCCGGGCAACCAAGAGGUCAGUUCUUUUUUGACACUAUCACACCACCCACGAAUCUUCGCCGGGAUUCGGGUUCAGUGACUCAAAAAUCGAUCUUUGAGUCUGAAAGACCCCUGUUAACACGCUCGCGUUCCUCUAGCAGAGGAAUGAGAGGAUCUCACAUGGGACCUUUGUUGCUCAAUACAGACACUUCUUCAUUCAAUAACAUGGCAAACAACAGUGCUCACGGUGAGACUGGACUGGGUUUUGCACUCAACUCUCCUUUUGCAAGUGCGACUUCCCUUUCAGAAGAGUACCAUCUGUUCAUGUCAUCCUCAUUCAAUGGUGACGCACAGGCCGAUGAAUCUAUGGUUGGCUUACGAUCUGGCCGCUUAAUACCCGAAAUUGCAGAGGAACCUACACAAAACCAUAGAGCUAAUCUUGCGGCAGAAUUUUCCUUGAGUGAGAAAAAGAGAGAUUCUUUGAAACUCAAGAGGGGUAUUCAUUAG